CGGAAAUGACUCCACUUCUGUUUUGAGGAUUAAUCUUAAACAGCGAGGGCGAGUCUCGGCAGGAGGAAGCUGUAUUCCUGUGCAGCGAGCAGCCGGCUCCUCUCUCUCUCUCUCUCACACACACACACUCACACUCACACUCUCUCUCUCUCUCUCUCACUCGGGGGACCCGACCUUAUUAUUUCGCCCCCAGUUUCCCUCAGAAAUUACUGGCUCACCCCGACACCCCACCCCUGCCUUGAAUUCUCCACCAUGUCCCAGUUUCGGAUCAAUCUCAUCGGACCAGCGCCCUGGGGAUUCAGGCUGGUCGGAGGGAAAGACUUUGACCAGCCGCUGACCAUCUCUCGGAUAACUCCAGGGAGCAAGGCUGAGGCUGCUAGACUCUGCAUUGGUGAUGUGAUUUUGUCCAUUAACGGUGAAAAUACUGAUGGAAUGACUCACCUGGAUGCUCAGAGCAAGAUCAAGGGAUGCGUAGAUGAACUCACCUUCCUGAUUGCCAGGUCUGAAUCCAAAAUGUGGUCACCAAUGUCUAGUGAGGAGGGAAAGCAACAUCCAUAUAAGAUGAACUUGGCGUCUGAGCAACAGAGACCAGCUCAAUUACAGCGCACACACAGCCUGGUAAAUCCGCCAGUUAAACGAUCGCCUGGUGUAAGCAGUCCAGUGUCUGCUAGUGGAAUCUUUAAAGCUCCCAUUGCUACGGUCUAUGCUCCUUCUCCCUCUGGCUCUCCAUCAGCUUUAUACAGGAGGCACAGCACCUCCUCCAUCCCCAUCCGGCCCAGGGUUGGACCCGAGGAGUUGAAGCAAGCAGCCCAGUACUGCGCAGCGGGUCCUGUGGAGGUGGAUGUACCGGGUCUGCGAGUGCUACACACUCAGUUUAACUCUCCUCUGCAACUUUAUUCUCAACAAAACAUUGUGGACAGUUUGCAGGGACAGAUCUCAACACUAAGCCCUUCCGCUAUCAGUUUCGAACCAGUGAAGCAGCCGUGCAGAUCUGUCGUGGAUACAGAGUCUGAAGUUUACAAAAUGCUGCAAGAGAACCAGGAGCUGGAGGAGCUGCCCAGGCAAUCCACCUCAUUCCGUGUGCUGCAGGAGAUCCUGGAGUCUGAGGGCAAUGAACAGCCAGAUAAACCGUCUGGGUUCCGCAAAGUGAAAGCCCCUGCCACGAAGGUCGGUUCCUCGGUUGGCAGUGGGCAGAAGUUGCCCGUGUGUGAGACCUGUGGCUCUGGAAUAGUGGGGAUAAUUGUGAAAGUUCGUGACCAGUUCCGUCACCCUGAGUGCUACACCUGCACUGAUUGUGGAACAAAUCUGAAGCAGAAAGGACAUUUCUUUGUUGGAGACAUGAUCUACUGUGAACAGCACGCCAGGGAGCGUACCACAGCCCCUGAGGGCUAUGAUGUCGUCACCGUCUUCCCUAAAUCAUAAGCCACAAUCGAAAGCACUAUCUUCCAAACCCUGUGAAAUAAGUGACCGUGCUUGCAUGCCUGCCUAUGUACAGAAGAUACCACUAAUUACAUUUGUUACACCAUUUUUUGAAAAAAAUAGUAACAGAUUUCUGUAAGCACUCAAUACAAAUGCCUCUAGAAUGUAAUGAGACACCACUAAACUACAAUUGGUUACCA